UAUGCCCUGCAUCGUAGCGGAUUUCUGCCGCCAACCGUUGCAAAUUUUUGCACAAAUCUAAGCAAAAUUCUCCAACAAUCGACGUACAAGUAAAAGAUAGCGCCAGUGAAACAAAGGAGCAAAGUUAUAAAUACGAAAAUGGAUAACCUGGCCGACCCAAUAGUUACUGAAGAGGAAACUCAGGAGGAGCAAUUAGAUGAAAGUGAAACAACAUCACCCUCUCCUGGAAUACCUCUUGGUUGUGGUAACCCGAAUCCCAGAGAGGAGGAAACUCAAGAGGGGCAAUUAUCAAGUAACACAAGCAUUGUUGACAGCGAUUCUUCCCGAAGCGCAACAGCAGAAGAAUCGAAAGACACUUAUGCGGAUUGCCUAGGCACCGAUGAGGUUAGCGAUUUCAGAAAAAUUGACCAACGGCAACUCUACGACACAGAUUUGGAUGAUCCCUCAAAUGAUCUAAUAAAUGAUCUAGCCCCGCAGCUAAUUCAAGGAAACCUGCUGCGUUGCAUCGAAAUCAACCAGGCAAAUCCUACAGCUGGUUGUCCGACCUGCUCUAUUUUUCCUGGAAUUAAAAGAGAAACAGCGGCGCCGAUGGGGAGCGAUUAUUUACCAGCGGUUCGGGAAUUCGUGAACGAAGAGCAGCCAGUUAUACCAAAAGCUCAGGGAUUGCUUUACGAGGAUCACUGCGAACCAGUAACUGAAGCGAUCAUCACCGAAGAUUCAGAAUUGCCGACUGAUGAUAAAGCUAAAGAAAAUUGUUCUGAUCAAACUCUCUUUGCUCAGCAAGCCGAAAAAGAAGUGUCGGUAUUGAUGAGAAGAUCGAGCGAGAGAUUCACUGAACUACCGACGUUUGCUGAUAGAACUGCUGUCUUUGAAGAAACAGUGACUGUUUCCUUGGGUGAGCUCACGCUAAGUACAGAACAAGUCACAAUAUAAUGACCAUCACUUAAAGGGGUUGACAAAAAAGAUAACUGAAAAAUUUAAAUUUUACGUUAACACAGUCAGGCAGUAGCUCAAUCAGAAACCGUUUUUCCUACGAAUCUCGUACCUGCUUAGAAGCUUACGAACAGCUCGAAACAAAGUGUAUCGUAAAUUGACAAACCCUCCUCAGUAGAACAUCCAACAAAGAGUUGAAGGUACCACAAUAUAUAGGAUGAUUCGAAAGUCUAUUUGCGUUUAUAAGAAGUAGGUUGGCUAUUAUUAUUAUGUUUGCUGUCAAUUACAUUAUGAAGAAAAUAGGCUAACAAUUAGGCCGUCUGUGCGUGUAUAUUUUAGUUCUUAGUCUCCCUUUACCCUUCAACGGCUCCUGUUAGUCUACCUUCUUGUAAAGGUGUGACUCCUUUCGAUUAAUUAUGACUUCAUAAGUCAUAAUUAAUCGAAGCAAUUAAUUAGCAAUCGGUCCUGCAAUAUUAUUUAGCAUGCAAGUGUUAGUUGAACUUACAGGGUUGAGCCCCCUCUAUUUUUCUCACACGCCCAAUUAGCGGAAGGUAAUCAACUAAAGUGAAAUGUUUUUAUGGUGCACAAAAAAAAAUGUGCGACAACUAAAGACAAGCACCUUAGUAGAAAUGUGUAAUGCUGCACUGAGAUGUUUUUUCUAUUGUAAUCUAACCUGCAAUCUAAAGCAAUGUUGCAAACUAAGUGUGAUUUCGCGCGCAAUGACAACCACGUUUUGUGCUUAGUGGUCUUUGUUUUUGUCGUAUAUCCUUUGCUAAGAGCUAGGAAAAAGCUAUAAAAAUUUCGACCUCUGGAAAAACUUUCUUCAAAACUAUUCUAAUUUUACAAUGUGCAAUACGCAUUAUUCCAGUAGAGAGCGAUCCGGGUCUCCACAUCGGCAUAAUGUGGACCGUGAUCGUAAUGACGUGAUCCGUUCAUUUCUCCAGAAGCGGACGCGGCAAAAGCGAAACCUAAACACAGUUGUUCAAGACUUAGUCCAUAUUUCACUACUGCUACAGCUUCUGAAUAUUCCAUGCAAAAAAAACAUCUCCGUUGGACCUGGCAUUUAGGAGAUACAACUAUUGCGUAGACCUAAUCUGCAGAUUUAGUGCUUUGAUUGUGCAUUCGAUAUGACAAUUGCACAUUUCCUCUUGGAUGGCACUUUCCAUUACAAAAUUAACUGUAUCUACGCCCGGCCUCAACCCUGAACAAUUUUGCAUGUCUCUAACUAAAACUAGUAGAUAAUCAUCGUAUUCAUCAAAGACACACACUUAUAAGGUACUUAACAAGAAGGUUCGUUUAAGUGCUAUGUCAGGCAAUGCUUUAGCAUUACAUCAGGCAGAUUUAAUGCACCUAUUGAGGUUCCCCUUUGAGGAUACCAUAAUUAUCGGGUAUUAUUGCUUUUCAAUGUUCCAACAUUGGCAAAUCGUAUAAAACAAUUUUCUGCAAAGCACCGCAUAUUAUACAAUAAGAAAAUGCGUAACAUUGAAGUUUAAUUCCGAA